ACGGAGCAGGAUAGAGAGAGAGAGAUCACUUUGGGAGAAGCAGAGUUUCUGUUUUCCUCUGAUAUUUGCUUGUGUUCCUAUGCAUACGUAAUUACCGGUGAUUAGCGCUGUCUCGUGGAUGUACAGUGUCUGCCAUAGCUCCUUAAAACCUAUGGACGGUCUCAUUGAGCGCUCAGCUCUGUCCACGGAGAGGAGAGAGGGGACGGGAAGCGGCUGCUAGAAUAGUGGAAGACGAGAUCAGGGAAGCACAGGAGCUGAGGCAGCUGAGGGAUUCCACUGCAAAUGCUGGAAUGGACAAAAACCUGUGGGUUACCAACACUUGUGUGCUUUUUGCUCAAAACUUUUUGUUUUCAUUUCAUUUGUCACUUAUGGAUAACUUUCUUCCAGCCACUUUGACGGAGUUUUCAAACAGAGCAGUGAAGCUACUUCAGAACGGGAUACGUACAGCAGCCUGCUGUCUUUACACACCACCUAUGGUCUGAUCCCAGAAUGUUGAUAUUUUAUGUCUAGUGCAGUCUUUGGAAGUAUGAAAUACGUAGGGAUGAAGCUGGUGUAAUCUUAUCCGUUCAGUCAUCAGUAAAAAUGGCCAGAGUUGAGGCUUUGGCACACGGUUCCCGCAGGUUGAUGUGGCCUGUCGGUUGUGUGUUUUUGUUUUUGGGCUGCUUAUCGGUGACAUCGUCCUCCCACAGCCGCAGGUUAAUCUGCUGGCAGGCCAUCAUGAACUGUCAGACCGAGCCCGAGUGCCAUUACGCAUAUGGGCAGUACAUGCAGGCGUGUGCUGCUGUUCUGAGAGGGGACAGGAAGAGGUGUCCCAGUCACUGCAUCUCCUCUCUGGUGCAGCUCAACCUGACGAACAACGGGCCUGCGCUUGAGGACUGCAGCUGUGCUUCGGACCCCAUCUGCCGGAACACCAAGCGGGCCAUCGAGCCGUGCCUCCCCAGGACUAGCAACAUGGGCUGCACCGAGGCCCGGAUGCAGUGUGAGAGAGACCAGCAGUGCAGCUCCGCCAUGCGAGACUAUUUAAUCUCCUGCGGGAAGCUUUUCAGCGGGGCAACCUGCACGAAUGCUUGUCGGAAUGUGAUUGCAGACAUGCGCAAAAUACCCAAAGCGGAGCUGUUGGAUUCGUGCGUGUGCGACGGGAACGAGAGGACCAUCUGCGAGUAUGUCAAGAUUAGUAUGAAGAACCUGUGCUUCGAAGCUCCUGCGACGGUGGAGGACGGCAGCGGUUCAGAGGACUACGAUGAAGAGGAUGGGGACUUCCCGGUGUCAGAACCGGAGUUCGUGGGGAGGAGCGCGGGUUCAGGUGGCUCUGCUGCGGGAAGCUGUGGUGUUGUGACCACGGUGACUGCAUCUGUCCUGAUUCUACUGGCGUCUCUCCUGUAAACUCUCCUCAUAGUAAAACGUAUAUAUAUAUCAGACUGUUGUUCAGAUAAACACAUUGAUGGCCUUACAAACUCAGACUGUUGUUCAGAUAAACAUAUUGAUGGCCUUACAAACUCAGACUGUUGUUCAGAUAAACAUAUUGAUGGCCUUACAAACUCAGACUGUUGUUCAGAUAAAGAUGAAACGCUUGCCUUUCCAAACGGAUGCCAGUCAGUCUGGCCAAUGCUAUUGAAGGAAGAAGCUCCUACUCCAAAGAACAUCAGAUGCAAUUUUUUGUUGCAUAAUCAUUUUUUUUUUUUUUUU